AUGAGGUUUCCGAAAUGUGAGACUAGAGAUGACUGUGGGGUAGUUGAGUACGUGGUAAAGUCUACUCCUGAUAGUGUAUUUGAUGAAGACACUUUUGUAUGCAAGAGAUGUGCUCUUAAUCUUUAUAUUGAUGAAGAGACAAUAAAGAUACCUGAUUUUGAAACUAUUCUAGAUUGUUUAAACUUUUCUGAGUACAGUUUAACACAGAUUGAUACUUUCAAAGAAGCUCAUAAUCUAGACAAAUUCUGGAAAAAGUUGCUCCCAAAUCUAGAAGAAUUUACCAUAAAUAAUAUCCAGCUCAAAGAUGACCUAGAAACAGCGAAGGCUGAAAAUAAUUGGCAAAAGAUUCCAUACAUUCAUAUCCAAGCGAAGGAGUUGUUGAGCUCAAUCUUGAAUUCAGAACUUUUUAUAGAAUACACUAGGCAAUCUAUCUACAUGAAGUUCUGUGACCAAGAAGCUAAAAAGAAACCAAAAGAAAGUUUCAAGGCUCCUUCAGAAGAAUCUAAGAUAAAUAUUGACAAGUCUGAGCAUGACAAAGUUCUUGAAAAGCUACAAGAAGCCAGAAAGCUCUGUCAACAAAAGGACGAGCAACUCUGAAAUAGAGAGGCAGAACUUGUAAAGAGAAGUGAAGAUAUUAAGGAGAAAGAGAAGCUUAUCUCCAUGAAAGACGACGAAAUGAAGCAGCUCCACGAACUAGCCCAAAAGGAAAUGACAGAAAUUAAACAUGAAGAUUCAAAAUCUCAAGCACAAAUAUUAAAAUCUAGCCAACCUCAAAACAAAGACGAAACCUCCGCAGCACAUAACGAAAAUUUGACAAAAAUAAAGGAGCUAACUGAUAAAAUAAAGCAGUUAGAGAUGCGGGACAAAAUUCAGCAAGAUCUCAUAGAGCAAUUAUCCAUUAGUCCAGCUGGCUCGAUUGCUCCUGCUGACUCUAACUCAGGCUCUAAUUUAAAUAAUGAGUCUUCCUUCCCUGUUCCAAAACAAGUAGCUAAUCGUAAAGACUCUCAAACCUCAGAUGAGCUUGAUGUUUCAAAGAUAAUUCAAAAGUUGAAAGAUAUUAAGAAGAGUCAGGGGAAAUUUGGAAUCGAUGAUUUUUUUAAGCUAAAAGACAUGGAUAUGUGAAAGCCAGAUGGAGAAAAAGCUAUUUAUGUUAAUUUUGAAGCAGCUAGUUGGCAGUUUGGAGAGAGGAAAAUUGAAGAGAUUCAGAAUAGAACAGGAUUGCUUACUGUAGAGAGAAAAUAUGCAAGAGGAAAUACCUUACCUUCCAUGGAAGAUCCAUCGCUAUCAAUCUUAUCACAACCUAAAUCAUGAACAGAUACUUCUUCUACUAUUGAAGCUCUUGAUUUUUCGCUUAUAUGCUUUAAGAGAAGGAUUUCCCAAAUUCUCGAAACACUAAAUCCUUCAAACAUCAACCAAAACAUAAUAGAAUGAGUAAAAGCUCUCGAGGAAUGAUCUGAUAAUGAUGCAAGGAAAACACUCUUUCAAACGAUUUUCAGUAAAGCAAUCUACAAUAAAUCUAAUACAAGCACCUAUGCUUAUAUGUUGAAAUAUCUCAAACAAGUACUAUGAAAUAAACCCAUUAAAAAGAAUGCAAAGAAGAAAAAACAGGAAGAAGAGAAAAAGAUCGAGCCAGAAAUCAUAGUUAUCAAAAACCCAAUAACAAAACAAAUCUUUGCCGAAGAUCUUCAAAAUGUGUAUGGAACCUACCUUCACAGAGUAACAAAACCCUUAACUAAUAAGCAGAAAAGGAACCCAAUAUAUAUUGCUAAAUAUAAGGAAGAAUUAUUUGCGUAUCUUGAACUUAUGUCAGAACUAUAUCAUAAUGAUAUGACAGGGCCUAUGAGGCAAAUGAUCAUUUUAAAGAAAUUAUUACACUAUGAGAAGUCCAGGCAAAAAUGAGUAGCUACUGAUUUAGACUUACAAAGUGCUUGCUAUUUGUUAUGUAAAGUUGGAACUAAGCUUGACUCAAAACACCAAAUGUUAAAGGAUGGGAAAACAGUCAAACCAGGUUCAAGUGCAAUGAAAUUUCAAGAAACAUUCGAAGAUUUGCUUGCUAUUCUUCUAAAUUACAAGAACGAUAAGGCCUUUACAAACAUUGGAAAAUUAAUUGAGCAAACAUUAGAACUUAGGAAAACCGGUUGGGUGGUGAAUGAUACUAGAGAAUUAAGGGAACCAUUAGCAUCUAUUUUGAAUAAUAAUAGUCAAAGAGAUCAUACUGAGCAAGAUAAUUUGGAGGUUGAAGAGGAAAUAGAGGCUGAAAAUUCUUUGUCAAUAUCAAUAAAUGACGAUGAUGAGAGUGUCAAACAAAAGCUUAUUGGACAUUUUAUUGAAUUUUCACAAAUUAACUAUUGAGAUUUAGACAUAUUUUUAUCUUUGAGAGACAGGUACUGAGGAAGAGAGAUUUUAGAGUUCUUACUUGAUAAGCUGUACUACCAAAAAGUUGAUUAUCAACAAUUCACUCACUAUUUCUAUCGUUUGCACAAGGGGUAUAUUUUUAAUAAGAAGGAGAUCAUUGAAGCCCUCACUUCAUUUUGGAAAAAGAUCCCUGACAUAGGAACUAAAAUCCCAAACAUUGGUAUGCUAUUCAGCAACUUACUCUAUUUCAUCAUUAUUGACAAAAAGUUAAUAACAUUUGAUCAGAUGCAAAUUGAAAUUGAACUUGAUGAAGAUGGCGUCCCACUCAAGCUGGUAAACUUUUACUUCAAAACAUUGGCUGCAUUUCUCAAGAUAAUUCAGUUGAAUCUAAAUGAUAAGAGACUGGCCUAUUAUUAUGAAGAAUUCAAGAUCGAAGAAAUAUGAAAAGAGUUAAAGCCAUAUGUAGUUGAAAAAGAUAUGGUAAAUGAGCUAGAACUUGAUAAAAUCCCCAAGUUAAUAAUAGAUAUGCUUAAUGUUCCUCUUGAUUAA